ACCGGCAAUGCAUACCGCUGCGGCACGUCGUUACGGUUGUGCUGUGUGGAAGAGCUAAGCGCCGAAUGCGGACGGCUUGCCGGAUCCGGCUCGUACUUGUGCGCGCGCGCGUCUGUGUAUGUGUGUGUGUGAGUGUUUACUUAAAAGUGUCCCUAAACUCUGUGUUUAGAGCCGCGCUUUGGAAACAGUGAAGUGCGAAGUUUUCAAAAUUGCUGAUAAAAAAAAAGUCUCAAGUGCCCCGUGUGCUUGCUAGUUUCUUCUUCAAACAUUCCGCAGUAAGCUGCGCCCUCCAUCAUGACAGGCGAACAACGAGCAACAACAGCCAGAGGAGGUAAGCCAGCACGACAAAGUCGCAAAAGUAAACUCAAACGGACCGGCACGACACGCUGCCUCCUACAAUGGGUCGAAUCGGCGAUAAACAUUCCCGAGAGCAGGACGCCGCAGAUAGUGCCGAAGCCCGUCUUCCGCAUGACGGUCGAGUUCAGCAUUACCCAGUCGAUGAUUACGAUCAAGGUGCAGAACUUUUGCUCCCAAAUACUGAUACUACGCUCCAUCUACCUCUACUACGAAACGAGCAAGCGUGUCGUCCUGUUCGGGGGCGUCCUGCGCAUGGUGCCCGGCUACGAGUUUGCGAUGGAAAAGGAGAUCCACGAAAAGGAGGAUCGCUCGUACCAUGUGGUAUUUCUUUCCGAUCUGCUCGGCACACCGUACCGGUUGCGGGAAACCGUCAUGAUUCAUCUACUGUCGCCGAGAAAAGCGCGCGGCCCCCCGCUGAAACUGUCCAAGCUCCCCGUGUUCCCGGUGCCGGAGUACGUGCAGGAAGUGUAUCUGUACGGCUUUCUGGAGAAUCCACACUACAGCCGCAACGCGUCGCUGUGGCUGGAGCGGCUGAAAGCGUACCGCGCGAAGCAACUGAACGCGGACAAUCUGACCGACUAUCUGCGAUCGCUGGACCAAAUUGACGAAUUUGACAGCCACCUGCAGAUGCUGCGCUACACGGUAGAGAACGGUACGCUGGAGGAGCGGCUGCCGAAGGAAUACGUUCUUACGAUCGACCAGUUCAAGGUGCCGCCCGUCCUGCUCGAGGUCGGCAGCCACGUGCAGGUAAACUGUGGUGUGAUCGGUCGGAACAGCGGUCCCACCAUCGUACGGGGCACGAUCGUCGAGCGCAGCUCCAUUAUACUGAUCGAGACAGAAACGCCGCUCAAAACGUUACGCUCGCUGAAGAUCGAGUUUCCGCUGAACCGCCUCCAGUACAAGCUGGAGUAUACGGCGCUUGUACACAUGAGCCGGCUCGAUUUUAGCAGCAUCCUGUUUCCGAAGAUCGAAAGCGCGAAACCAAAAACGCCUGCCAAGACGUUCAACGAUGCGGUGAUUACGGAGUUCGACUGGUUCCAGUCAUGCAUUGCCGAGAAUGAGCAGCAAACGCAGGCUAUCAAAAACAUCGUCAAUCGGACGGCCUACCCCGCACCGUACAUUCUUUUCGGGCCACCGGGCACGGGCAAAACCUGCACCAUCGUCGAAGCGGUACUGCAGAUCUGGAAGAUGCGGCCCAAGUCACGCAUCCUCGUAACGGCCACGUCCAAUUAUGCCUGCAACGAGCUGGCGAAGCGGCUGCUCAAGUACGUCACCGUGAACGAUCUGUUUCGCUACUUUUCGCAAACCUCACAGCGAGACAUUAACGGGAUGGAUCUGAAGGUGGUGCAGGUGUCAAACAUGCACUACGGCAUCUACGAAACGCCGGCCAUGCAGGACUUUGUGCAGACGCGCAUUCUCGUCUGCACCGUCAUGACCAGCGGGCGGCUGCUGCAGCUGGGGGUGGAUCGGUCCAUGUACGAUUACAUCUUCAUCGACGAGUGUGGCAGCUGCCGGGAGCUGAGCGCCCUCGUACCGAUCGGGUGCGUGGGAACGGAUACGGUCAACAACAGGCUGCAGGCGAGUGUCGUGCUGGCCGGUGAUCCGCUGCAGCUCGGGCCCGUCACGCGCAUGCCGUAUCUGCGCGAUACGCCCCACAACUCGUCGCUGCUGGAGCGGCUGAUGAAGCGGCCGGUCUAUCAGAAGGAUGCCAACAACAACGAGUACAGCCCGCACAUGGUGACGAAGCUGCUGGACAACUACCGGUCGCACGAGUCCCUGUUCCGGUUUUCCAACCAGCAGUUUUACGACGCGGAACUGCGGGCCAAGGGCGACCCGACGAUAACGCACUGGGCCGUGAACUGGCACCAUCUGCCCAAUCGCAAGCUCCCGAUGCUGUUCCACUCGGUGGUCGGCUUCAUGCAGCAGGACUCCAUCUCGCUCAGCUACUGGAACGUGCAGGAAGCGCAGCUGGUGUACCAGUACGUGCAAAUACUGAUGAAGGAGGAAAUUAACGGUCAAAUUGUGCGGCAAGAGGACAUUGGCAUCGUUACGCCCUAUUCGAAGCAGGUGGAGUUCAUUAAGAACGGGCUGUCCACGCUCGGGCUGGACAACAUUGAGGUCGGCUCGGUGGACCAGUACCAGGGGCGGGAGAAACCGGUCAUCAUCAUAUCGGCCGUCCGGUCCAAUCGCACCACGGUCGGAUUUUUGGCCGACCCGCGACGGCUCAAUGUCGCGCUGACCCGCGCGCAGGCACUGACGAUCGUCAUCGGCAAUCCGGAAAACUUGAUGAGAAACGUCACGUGGUACAACUUUUUGAAAAUGAUGAAACAAAACCGCGCCAUCACGGGCAUCAACUUUAACCUGACCAAGCGCCAUCUGGUGCCGGUGGAGGAAGGUGGAGGCGAAACUAUGGACGGGUUGGAUUUCGCAUAGCGCACGUUUCGCCGGAUGGGCCUUACAGAUGUGGACAGAUUUAUUUUCUUUACGUUGUUAUUGUUUAAGCAGAGAUUAUUUACCCAUAACGAUAAAACAUAUUCUUAUACAACUUUAACGAAUACAACGGUAGGUUUCCGUUUGAAAUCAA